CGGAAACUCAUCAAAAUAGUAAUGAAGUUCAUCAAAAUCAAAACCAAAUGAGAUAGUCACAUUAGUCUUUCCAUGGUCUUUCUUUAAAGAUAGUUAAGGAAUUAGUUUCUUUGUUCAAUGGAACGAAAGUAUGAUGUUACUGUUUUUGGUGCAAGUGGAUAUACAGGGGUGUUUGUCGUCCGUGAACUUGCCACUUAUCAUUCUGAAAUUAAGUGGUGUAUUGCAGGAAGGAGUGUCGAGAAGUUGAGGAAAGUUUUAAAAGAAAUCGGGAAUGAAAUCGAUAAAAACUUGGAUUCAGUUGACAUAAUACAGGCAGAUACUGGAGAUGAAUCUUCAUUGGUGCAUAUGUGUAGAAGUUCUACUGUCAUAAUUAGCUGUGUUGGACCAUAUCGAUUUUAUGGAGAACCUGUAGUUAAACAAUGUGUACUAAAUGGAGCACACUAUGUCGAUGUCUGUGGAGAGCCACAGUUUUUAGAAUCAAUGCAAUUAAAAUAUUUUGAAGAAGCUCAAAAGAAAAACCUCUACAUAAUUGGGUCAUGUGGUUUUGACAGCAUACCUUCUGAUUUUGGUAUAGAGUAUGUGAGAAAGAAAUUUGAUGGUGAUGUAUUGUCCGUAGAGACGUAUCUCACAGAAAAUAGAGAACCUGGAAAUUCUGUAAAUUUUGCUACUUGGCAAUCAGCUAUCCAUGGUUUACAUCAUGCCAAUGAGUUAAUACCACUCAGGAAGUUAUUGAGCGAAAAACUAUUUUCCAAGAAAAUGCCAAAUCCUGAAUAUAGCUUGAAAAAAAGGUUUUAUCUCUUUAAAAGUGAGGAUGUUAAUGGAUGGUGCAUACCUUUUAUCGGCAGUGAUAGAUCUGUUGUGUUAAGAACUCAGAUGUAUAACUUUCAAUUCAAAAAUGAAAGACCAGUUCAAGUUCAGUGCUACAUGAAGUGUCAUUCCUUAUUGUAUGCACUCAUCACAUUAUUAAUGGGUGCAAUUUUUAUGCUCAUGACUAAAUUCUCUAUGGGAUGUUAUUUGCUGGAAAGGUUUCCAGAAGUUUUUUCUCUUGGCACGUUUAGCAGAAAUCCAAGUAAAAACCGGAAUGUGGGUGGAAGCUUCAGUGUGACGAUCAAAGCCAAAGGAUGGAGGGAAAAGCUGCCUGACAAGCAUACUUCACCCCCAAACAAGACAGUUACUGCUGUUUUAAGUAGUCCAGAUUCUGGUUACAUAGCCACAGCUAUUUUGGUUGUAAAUUCAGCUUUAGUGGUGCUUCAAGAAAAGGAUAAAUUGCCUCCAAGUGGUGGCGUAUUGACACCUGGAGCUGCUUUUUCCGAUACAAGUCUAAUGAAAAGAAUUGAGAAAAGAAACAUCACAAUCAAUGGUCUGGCAAGUCUUGGAAAUUAGUGCCUAUUUUUGAAGCGCUUGAGACAUGUUGUUUCCAGUUUGCCUAUCUUUUAAGCGAAUGAAAUAUUAAUCAGGGAUGCAGCAGAGAAAUUCCAGCACUUUUUUUUAGUGAGGUGAAAAGUGGUUCUGAAACUUUAAUGAACAUACUAUUGUGGAGAAAAUGGAACUAGCAACGCCCCCUAGCGAGGAACUAGAAAAAAACUCAGAGACAGUGAGAGAGUGUGAACGAAAGGUAGAAAGCCUGCCAUGUAGAGCUCCUUAUUUUCUUCUUCUUCAUAUGUGUUUUAUAUGUUAUGUUUGUGAAUGUGCUGAGCACUAACUAUAGUCAUGUUGUUUACAAUAAAAUAGAAAGUUAGCAA